AGGUCGUAAGUACCGUUUGCCUGCCUGUCGUCUAGGGUUUGUAGAUGUCAGUGACUUGUUUACUAGUUGGGAUCUAUCUUUAGUGUCUCCUUAUCGGAAAGACUUCAAACUGUGGGUCAAAAGUCGUUGGAUCGCCACUUUGACAUGUGAAACUCGGAGGUUUUUCGCGCCUCAACGGUUUUUCCCUGCAUGGAUCGGAUGUUUAAACAACUACAGCGUCAUUUGAACCGUAGUUUCGCCCUCAUCAUGGCUGGAAAGUGCUCACAAAAUAUUUCCACGACGGACUCAUCUGAAUUGUGAUACUCAAGUGAUCAUCUAUCCCGAUAUUAUGACACUACUGCGUCAGAUCCAAGCUUCGUUUCUAUCACCCGAGACCCGACCUUAAAUUGCCCCUCAUCUGAUGCCCUGCGCUUAUCACAAAGACAACUAUGGAGAAAAUAGAGACAAUGGACGAGCAGGCAACUCUGGGAGACACAAUGAUUCUCUCUCAGGGGCUUCCCGACUUCCUCCCGGCUGCUAUUCGGCGGCACAUUCCCCGUCUUUAUCCUUCGCUCCAUCGCGCGGCGCAGUCGGACUCAAAUAUAAACGCAGCAAGAACAAGCCACAAACCCAAGGAUCAUAACUUCUCUCCAUCUUUAUCUGAGCCGGAGUUGACAUUGUACGGACAAAAGUCCGAUUUGGCCUCGGGGGACCUGCAACGCCCUGCUACUGCGGGCAGUAGUAGUAACGGUCAUGACUCGUGUGGCUCUUCGGUUUCCGGGAAGUCAUCGGAUACUAGUUAUAUCACAACUUUCGAAGAGAAAAAAGGUGUAGAGUCUAUGGGGUUUGCGAUGUCCAAAUAUGAAGAGGAGUCAGGACUGCGCUGGAAUCAUAUCGUUCCAGCAUUUCAAUUCCUUCAACAUGCAGGAGUAGAAGCCCAGCGACGCGAUUGUGACAGCCACCUGGUGCGGUCAUUGUACAUGGAUGCACUAUGCUAUCUUCUUCAGGCUCUACCUGCCGACUUGACUUACGAAGAAACUGCAAGAAUCAGAAAUACCCUCCCUGGCAGAGUUUCCAGCUCUCUCGCUUCACCUUCUGCAGUUGGCUUCGUCAAUCAACCUGUGAACACAAGGCAUCCGGCAGAGCGAUCUUAUCUCCACCGGCUACUGGCCUCCAGUAUUGUGCAUUUAUUUCUCCUGCUUCAGUUCCUGAUGCCCUACCUCAAGAUUGUGCUGCAUAGACUCUACCAAUUCGAACGGUCCCAUCGGGUUACCGAGCGUGUCGUGUCGGCGAGCCUAGAUGCUGCCGAUAGCUUGGGUAAAAGGAGCUUGAGUCUGGGAACAACGGUCCUCAGUCUUCAUGAUGGGAAAGUAGGUGUUGCGGUGUCAAGCCUGGCUGCAUGGUGGGUUGAGGGGAUUGCAGGUGGAAUUUACGAGGGGAUUGGCGAGGGCAUGACCAUCUUAGGGUUCAUUCGGCCAAAUGCCGGUGUGGCUGGAGGGACACAACUGCAACCGAUGCCAAGUACUUGAGGUUGGCCCUUAAUUGCUGUAUAAGUUAUGUGGAGAUGUUCAAUAGACGGUGGACCAGAGGCUAUUGGUGAGACAGAGGUCGGGAUGCUAUAAGGGCAGGUGCGUUUGCCUGAUUGUUGCCUACUAGUAUUUAAAUAGACCCCUUGCGUUAGUGUUAACAACCGCAAUCCAUUGUUUUAUUUGUCGCAUCCUUUUCUUUCCCUAUAGAACAGUUCUACUUUUCAAUCAGGGGGUGACAAUUAAUUAACGGUGUCGUUGUGAAUGCUGUACAAUUCGACAGGCCACAGCUUGUUCGGCACAUUACCCCCGGUUUACUAUGGGUGACGAUAAUGAUGAUGUUGUUAAGCCUACCAAGGAGAGGUUUGAUCGUGUGUUACGUGGAAGUUAUGCAUUAUGGUCCAGUUAUGUCGAUCUCGAAGGCCCUACUACUCUCCCAAUUGAAUGCAUUGAUCUCAAACGCAUCUUCGGCCGAACGCCAUCAUUCCUUGGACAUGGGUUGAUCCCCGAAAACGAGUCAGUCCCAUUAAAAUGCAGCGAGAGCUCAGGAACUCUUUACGUCAAUGGUCAUUCGACUUGGAAAACCUCCCACGGGACUUGCCGGCUGGGGCCUAAAGAAAUACACCGCACGGUUCUGCUUGCGACUCAAGCUGCAAUGAAUGUAGAGCUCUCAGAUUCUGUCCCAUUCGCAGAAUGGCCUGGC